UGGUCUGUUGUGUCACACACACAUAACAUGGACAUGCUACUGUUUUUAGCUCUCAGAGUGGCAUGCAAUAUGAGAGCGCUCCACACAUCUCAGAUGUAGAUGUUCGACUGUUUGUUUUAUUUAUAACAUGCAUUGAGAUCGAAACCGGAGGAGCAAUUCACCAGUUUUUAAAUUAAAAGUAUUAAACCACUGUGAACUAGCCCACACUAAAUGAAUCAUAAAUCAUCCUUAAAGUGCACCUAUUAUGGUUUUUAAACGUGCCUAAUUUUGUUUUAAAGGUCUCAUACAAUAGAUUUACAUGCAUCCAAGGUAAAAAAAACACUUUAAUUUGCUCAUAAUUUAAAUUGCAGCAUUACCUUUUUUCCUAGUGUCAAAAACGACCUUUUCAAUGAUCUGUUCUAAAGGAUUCAUUCUAAACUCCUCCUUUCAGAGAGCCUACUCUGCUCUGAUUGGUCAGAUGUCCCAGUCUGUUGUGAUUGGUCUACCGCUUACAGCGCGUCGGAAAGGAAACGCCCACUACCAUAUCCGAGUUUCAGCUCCGUCUGAAAAUAUGUCUGUUUUACCUUACCAAUUUGACCCCGAGUCUGAUAGUGAUACGCCGGAAGAUCAACCCGAACCACCAUCGCAAGGACAACGAGAACAGGACGUUUUUCAUUGGUAAGUUUAUAUGUAGUUUGACAAUAACGUGAGUUAGCCGGUUAGCAGAGGCUAACAGGCUAACAGCGUGCACUGGCUGUACAUGUAAACAGACCAGAGGCGGGUUUUUUGUUAACAAAUUACGUAGGUUAGUACAGGAAGUAAGUCUGGCAUUACUAACGACUCGUUUCAGGUGUUCAGAAUCAGUUCUUUCUUUUGGGAGUCAAUAACUCACAAUAAGUGAAAUGGUUUCCCGCAUGUUGACGGAGGCAAUAAAGUCGGCACUAAUUCCCUUCAAUGACUAUAUUAACUAAAACAACACUGUUCUUCGAUCUCUGAAAGAAGAAGUGGAUUCUUAGAGUAAAAGUAUGGCGUCGACCACAGUGAAAGUGGACAAUCUCCAAGGCAGUUUACACAAAACAAAAAAGGAUACGAACCUCUGCCUGUCUCAGCUUGAACAGAUGCAGCAAAAAUGCAAUGACCUUGAAGAUCGGUCACGUCACAACAAUGUCCGCCUGGUUAAUCUACCAACAGGAAUGGAAGGGACUGAUCCUGUCAGCUUUCUACAGAAAAUGCUACCUAAAUGGAUCCCCGACCUUCCGGCGUGCUCAAGCCUGAUCGAGAUCGAUAGAGCUCAUUGAGUAUACUCUAACUUAAACUCGCCUAAACUACGAUCGUUGAUUUUCCAGCUUCUCCGAUAUCCUGACAGGCAAGCCAUCCUUCAAGGAGCCCGGAAAGCAAAACCCACUCUGCCUGGUGGAGCGUGCCUGGAAUUCUAUGCUGAUUACAGUCAUGAGACAGCACAAAAGAGGUAGGCGUUCUCGGCUGUAAGAUUCAAGCUCCAUCAGAAAGGCGCUGAAACUUUCCUGAUCUACCCAGCAUCUCUGAGAGUCACCCAUAAGGGUCAGAAAUAUUCAUUCAAAUCUCCGGAGGACGCGGAAAAAUAUCUCGAGGGUCUUGAUGCCGCAACGGUACCCGCUGCUCGUAAAGCCUUAAACUUCCCGCUUCAGGAGGCAAUGGAGGAGGCCGACUAAAGAGACACAUGAUGCUUUUGCUGACAAACCUGUGCAAUAUAUGGACCAAAGACUUUUUCAGCGUACACUUAUGUUUCAGUUUACCAAAGUGGAAUGCGGAAGCACAGGCGAUCAAAGUUGCCCAACCACAAUGGGCAAGACCACAAAAUGAACCCUGUGGCUCAAAACAGCCUUUCUGGGGCAAACCACAGCCAGUGGAGGCAGCGCCCAGAUCGGCCCACUGUGACCAGGAUUAUCAGGAAUGGGUCUAGACGGAGAAGCAAGCCCUCUUUGAAGGAUAAGAGUCUUGGCGGGCCAGAUGAUGGAGUGGUUGUGGAAAAAGUUGGACACUACGAUCCCUCUAGCAGCCGUAACUUCAGCGAGACUCGGGCAGGCGAAAUGGCUAAAAUCCAUCUAGUAGCACUAGGAGAACCAGGCAGCGUUGAGGGUGCUCCUCAAAUUCAGAGUAGCAACUUUGUCCCCAAAUGUGAGAUCUCAGGCAAGGACGCCCUGUCUGCCAUCCACCGUGCGGGUUCACAGCAGUGUAGACAAGAGAUUGCCAACAUCGUAUGCCAGCACCAAGCAGGACAGCUCAUGCCACAGUCUCUGCCUCAGUUCUGUUCACAGCAUGUAAUCUCCAGUGCUGUCCAGAAUGCAGAUUUCAACACUGAUCUCUCCAAGGUGGAGAACCCAGUCAGGGUGGUAUUUGUGCUGGUGGUUCACGGGCGAGCAGUCCGACAGCUGAAGCGUCUCCUCAAAGCCAUCUAUCACAAAGACCACUUUUACUACAUCCAUGUGGACAAGCGUUCAAACUACAUGCAUCGGGAGGUGCUGCAGAUAGCGGAGCUUUACCCCAAUGUGAGAACCACACCCUGGCGUAUGGUCACCAUCUGGGGCGGGGCGAGUCUGCUGAAGGCAUACCUGCGCAGCAUGCACGAUCUGCUCUCAAUGCCGGACUGGAAAUGGGACUUCUUCAUCAACCUCAGCGCCACUGACUUCCCCACAAGGACCAACGAUGAGCUGGUGGCGUUUCUCUCCCAGAACCGUGACAAGAACUUCCUGAAGUCUCACGGCAGAGAAAAUGCAAGGUUCAUAAAAAAGCAGGGUUUGGAUCGCCUGUUCCAUGAAUGUGACAACCACAUGUGGCGUCUAGGCGAGCGCACCAUACCUGAGGGGCUGGAGGUUUCUGGAGGCUCGGACUGGUUCUCCCUCACACGAAGGUUUGUGGAGUAUGUGGUGAACUCACAGGAUGACCUGGUGACGGGGCUCAAGCAGUUUUACACCUAUGCUCUUCUGCCUGCUGAGUCUUUCUUUCACACUGUACUGGGAAACAGCCACAUGUGUGAGACUCUUGUGGACAAUAACCUGCGUGUGACCAACUGGAACAGGAAGCUGGGCUGUAAGUGCCAGUAUAAGCACAUAGUGGACUGGUGCGGCUGUUCACCUAAUGACUUCAAACCAGCAGAUCUCAUUCGAAUACAGCAGCUGACACGGCCCACAUUCUUUGCCCGUAAGUUUGAGUCCACUGUGAACCAAGAGGCCAUAGAGAUCCUGGACACUCAUUUGUACGGGCAGUACCCGCCGGGUACAGUGGCACUGAAAGCAUACUGGGAGAGUCUGUUCGAGCAUGCUGAUGGGGUCUCGUCACUGAAUGAUGUAGCUCGUACUGCAUACUCGUCUUUCUUUAGACUGGCCCUUCGUAGACAGGAGAACACUCAAAGCAGUACUGAUGCCUGCCGGUUCGAGCCCAUUGGCUACCCAAUCUCUGUGCACCUGUAUUUUUAUGAUGACCGUUUCCAAGGUUACCUGGUGAGGCAGGAAGUGCAGAAUGUGGCUGGAAGCUCAAGGGAGAUGCUGGAGGUGUGGGCUGUUCCCAAGGCAACACUGCAGCUGGAGCACAACCUUCAUGAGUUUGAGAGACUCAAACACCUUGAGGUUGGAACCGAAUGGGACCCAAAGGAGCGAAUCUUCCGUAACUUUGGCGGUGUGAUUGGACCCCUGGACGAGCCAGUGGCUGUUCAGAAGUGGGCUCGUGGUCCCAACCUUACAGCCACCAUAGUGUGGAUUGACCCAGCACACAUAGUGGCAGCAUCCUAUGACAUCAGCAUAGAUGUGGAGGCAGAGUUCACUCAAUACAAGCCGCCCCUGCAGCGCCCUCUCAGGCCUGGAGUGUGGAAGGUGCGUAUGCUGCGGCUGUGGGAGCGAGUAGCAGAAGCUCGCUUCCUGGUCAUGCCUCUGGCAUUCAAAGGACGAGAGCCACUACGCACAGAAGACCAUGGCUGGAUGCAUGCAGGUCCUCCAGGAAACAUAUACUUGGAGCAAAGCUUUCAGCAGCUCUCCCAUGUGUUGAAGCUGCCGCCCAGUGAGCCCGCCCUACAGGAGGCACAGAAGAAGAUCUCCCUAGUGGGCAAGCCGCUGGAGGCCUGGGUGGACAGUUCUGUUGGGACCUUCUGGGUCACCGGAGAUACCUGCUCUGAGCAGACCUCUUUCUGUCCCACCAUAGGACUCUGCACUAUGACCUCUUGGAGCUCCUUGUCCCCAGACCCUAAAUCAGAACUGGGGCCAGUCAAAAGUAAUGGACGCAUUAGGUAGCCCUGAGAGCUCGAACAAUCAGAGGAGAAUGGUGAAGGCCCUGAAGGACAGUCCACAAGAGUGAUGUUUACGAGUCAUGGUCUUUGAGAUCAUCCCAUUACUAAUCUGUUGAGGUUUAAGCAACUAGUUGAGGGUGAAUUUACCUGAGAAGCUAUAUAAAUUUGCACAAGAAGACUGCCAGACAUUGUAGGAGCCUUAUUCAAUUGUCAUCCAGAUACGUUGUUACAAGGUUCUGAGUCUUAUUAGCACAUAUUUUACGGUGUGGGUUUAUGCUACAAAGACCCAAAUCAGAACAAUUUGACACUUUUAGGGGCCAUUCACACAGGACACUUUUGUUUUUUCGUUUAAAAAAAGCUAGAUGGAGCCCAACAGAAUGAAUUUUUUAAAUUAAACUGUUUUAAACUUUAAACACGAAGUCUUAAAAAUGUGGUGCUCAAGGUGCAGGAUGCUGAAAAAACAGCAAAAUACGUCAUAACGGUUAAAGAUAUAUAUGUAGCAUUAACUAAAUGGAACAAAACGCAGGUGUCUCAUUACACAUUUUAAAUGUUAUACUUUAAACUUCAAGCAAAGUCUCAAAAAUCUGGUGCUCAUGACGCAAGAUGCUGAAAAAACAGCAAAAUGUGUCUUGACAGUCAAAGAUAUAUAUCUAGCGUACACUAAAUUGAACAAAACGCAGGUGUCUCAUUACACAUUUUAAAUGUUAUACUUUAAACUUCAAGCAAAGUCUUGCUCAUUACGCAAGCAACGAAAACGACUGCUAAUUUUUUAAUGAAGUAAACAUUGUUUCAAAUUCUCUAGUAAGUAUUCAAGACAAGUAAACAGUCCAUAAUAAUAAGAACAAAAACAAAUGACUAGCAAUAGAACAAAGAUUAAAUUAAGGGCACAUCCACACUUAAACGUUUUUGUUUGAAAACUCAGUAUUCCGUUUCCUAAAGUUAUCGUUUUCAAAAAGUAUGCGUUAAUUUAGAGUGUUUUUGAAACGGAAAACGCUGUUCCAAUGUGGAUGAGAGGCGUAAACGUAGCGAAAUCAAUAUGGAUUUUAAACGAAAACAUAUUAAUGUGGACAUGAAAACCAGUGCUUGUAUACUUCAUACUACUGUUGAAAACUUAAAGUAAAUAUUCAAACGUGUAUCUGCAUUACAGCAAGAGCACAUGCGCACGUAAGUACACACACAGAAAGAAGCCACAUGUCUAGUUUCUCUCUCUACACUUUCCCUUUUACCUCUUAAUGAGAUCGACCAGUGGUUAUCUUAUGACCGACUGUAUCAGAUUACUGAUUACUUAAUUAAAAAGUAAUCACAUUACUAAUUACUUUUCACAGAAAUGUUUUUUCCCGCUCAACAAAUUCAAAAUAAUGUCUAUAUUUCCUCCUUUUACAUUGAUGCACACCCUUUAGCUGUCACUGAAAUACAAACAGACGUACAUAUGGACAGUUAUACAUAAAUAUUAUUUUAGAAAUAUGAGUAACCCAAGUAAUCUACUUAAAAAGUAAUUACCUUAAUCGCAAGUCGGUAACUAUAAUCCUGUUACAAGAAUUUUAAAUAUAAAAUUGCACCAUUCUUUAAGGUUUAAAAGUAAUUAGAUUACAGUAGCUAAAAAGUAAUUUAAAAGUACUUAGAAGUCAUUAGAUUACAGUAACUAAUUACUUUGUAAUUCGAUUACACCCAAGAUGACAACAUAAAAAAUACCGGUCUAGUGCAUGUUUACAUUUAAAUUACAAGUAAAUUAACAGUGCAGAUGGGUGCAAGAACAUGUCCGUGUGAAUGGCCCUUUUAUUCUUUGUUACAAGAAAAUCAAGCAGUGCACAUUAUUUUCCUCUCUAAAACAGUGGCCAAAACUCUUAUUUGAAAGUGUUGGAAGUAAGUCGCCGGAGUCCUCUGGCUGUAUCGCUAUGCUUUCAGAAGCAGAUUGAAGAAGUGCACUUUACUGUAAGACAAAGCUCCUUUCUGAUUGGCUGAAUCUCAGAGGAGGUGGCGGAGCUUGUAAAAUCAUUAGUCUAUGAUGUUGCUCAGAGACGCAGCACUGCAUGGAAUCAUUGUGUACAGCAACAAAACAAGCGAAACUUCAUACGAACUAAAGCCAUCCAUCGAGAGACUGUUUCGAAUCAGAGUUUUGUAAAACUGACUAUUUGUCAUAAUGUUGAAUGUCCUUUUGAGUUUAAAUAAACCUCAACAAGGACAUGUUAUUGUCCAUUACUGCGAAGUUCACUGCACAAAGUUCACAAUGUACGAAGACGUGGAAUUUAUCUUUCGAGACUGCCUGAACUGAUGCUGCUGAAGAUCAAUAUGUGAUUUAGCGCUCACGCUUACACUUGUACAUUUUUCUUCCAGUUUCAUUCUCAACUUCGAGUAGUUUCCUUAGUGUCUUUGUGUAUUUUGUGUGAAAGAUCACAAGAUUAGGAGACUUGAGUUACACCAUUAUUUGUCUAAACCACUAGCUGCUGUUUUUGUUUAUAAGAAUAGUUCACCCAAAAAUAAACAUUCUGUCAUCGUUUACUCACCCUCAUGUCGUUCCAAACCUGUAUGACUUUCUUUAUUCAAUGGAACAGAAAAGAUGGACUGCAAAGCUCCAAAAAGGACACUAUGCUUUCAUUGUAUGGAAAAAUUCAGCUUGGACAUUUUGCAUCUCAUGAGGAUGAGUAAAUAAUGAACUUACUUUUUGGUGAACUGUGGGCAAGUCCUGUAGAUAAUACAUUGAAAUGUGGAUUAUAAUGUGUCCAUCUUCUUUUAAACGUGUCAUAAACUGGUUGUCACUUUUUUAAC